UUAUYUGACGGAGAAGCGACAGUGCUGUUUAGRCUACGUUUAAAAGGGAAAGCUGCAGAGUGGUUUCACUCGAGARCGGAAUAUGCUGACAUGACGAACGAGGAACUGCUAUAUGAAAUAAGGAAGAUGUUUCGACAUCUCCCUUCUUGUGUCGAUAGGAAAAGGGAGUUUAUGCGACGACAGUGGAAGCAUGGUGAACGCUUCAGUGAAUAUUUCCAUGAUAAGGUGAUCCUGGGGAACUGUGCGUCCGUCAGUGAGGAAGAACUGAUCGAAUAUCUGAUCGACGGAAUCCCUGACACGACCUUGCAGAACACGGCGAGGAUCAGGGGAUUCCGAGACAGAUCCGAACUUUUUUCUGCAUUUGAGAAGAUACAGCUGCCGACGGGGCCCGAGGCUAACCGGGCACGGAGGAGACCGGAAGAAGUCGAAGGAGAGUCAACAUGGCGCAGACCUAUGGAAAUGGUGGGGCAGCAAAGACCGGGUGGACAACAACGAAUCUUCGACAGCUGUCACAAUUGCGGAGAGAGAGGACAUCGAGCGGCAUUCUGUCCGUCGAGGGAGAAGGGCACGAGAUGUUACAGCUGCCAGGGUUUCGGUCACAUUUCUGCUGGAUGUCCUAAAAGGGCACCAUCGGUGACGAUGGUUCGGGUCGGUGAGGAUUCCUCGGCAGAUAAACAAUAUGUGAAAAAGGUUGUUACGAUAAACAAUGCGGAAAUUCCUGCGCURAUAGAUACGGGCAGCCAGAUCACGUUAAUAAGGGAAAGCGCCUACGCUGAUAUUGGAGCUCCGCGAAUAAUAAACGAACGCGUCAGUUUCAGGGG